GAAGCCAAAGUGGGUGUAGCUAAAGUUGUGUCAUAGCAUUUUGUUGCUAGGCUGCUAGCUAACGUUAGUGAUUUCUCCAAAUAGUCGUUUUACUUCUCGACAUCACAAAGCCAUGCAAACUCCGUAAUAAUUUUAGAACGACAAAUGUAUGCAACGACACAUAAGCAAUUAAAAAAAAUCAAGCAGUAUUUGGCUUUAUGCUUGGGUUAAACAAACAGCGUCGGAGGGCAACUUAAUGACCCACGUAUUAGCGUAUCAGGCGCAAAGACGUCGCUUGCUAAUAACUAGCAUUCUCGCUGCCACUUGGCAUGUCAACAGUUUGCAGCCACUUGGCACGUCAACAGUUUGCUGCAGGUAUUUGGCAUUCCGUGAACGUUAAGUGUGUCGUUAUAUUUCAGUGUAACGUUAGCUAAUGUAACAUUGCUUCAUAAACGUGAGGAUCCAGUAACAGGUCGAACAAGCUGUCAAAAUGGAACUGCAGAGAUCAACGACAUGACACACUUUUGUCCUUUUUCUGUUAACACACCCCAUUUACCUAGUCGCGGAGACCUUCAAAAACGCUUAAAAAAGAAAAAUGUUGGCAGCUUGCAAAAAAUAAUAAUGAACCGGAGGGACACAAAACUGAAUGUAUUCCCUUGUGCACCCCCAUUCUCAUGACCCCAAGAGGGAGAUAUGGGUAUUCUAAGACUGGUAGCCAGAAUCAUGGGUAGGAUCAGUACUUUCAGGUCCUAUCAAUUUGUGCUUCUCCUGGCUGCUGCACUUGCUGUUGUGGCUUUUUACUACUUUGGCUCAGAGAGGCAGAACUUCUCCAGCACCACAAAGAGGAUCAAGCACACUCAGGCCAGCCACAACGCCAACAGAAACGAUGCUGACCUAACUGUGGACACCAAGCUCUCACACCCAGUUGGAUCUGAGGAGCAAGCAGAGGAAGAGCAAGAUGAAGGAGGAGAGAGCAAGGGAUUAAUGCCUAGGAAAGGGGACAGUGAUAGCGCUGGUGACCAACGCUACCACGCACUCAUGAUGUUCACCAAGGUGGACAAAAGCCGGAGCCUACAGGACAAGUUCAGGGUGGCCAUGUUAUCUAUGGUUCAGCACGGACGCUUCAUGGAAGGAGAGGUGUUGGUGCUUCAUUUUGUGAGUGACCAGGCCAGCAAAGAACUGGGAGAGAGGAUGCUGCAGGAGUUUCUACUUGAUGCAACGUUUAAGUAUGAGGUGUUGUUCCAUGACGUGGUGGCUCUCACACAAAAGCUGUUCCCUAUUGUGGAGGCCAUGCAGAAGCACUUCAGCGCUGGCUCUGGGGCUUACUACAGCGACGCCAUCUUCUUCCUCUCUGUUGCCAUGCAUCACAUCAUGCCUGAAAGUCUGACGCGCAUAGUGCAGCUUGACCUGGACCUGAAAUACAGGACCAACAUCAGGGACCUUUUCCAAGAAUUUGACCAGUUUCCUCCAGAAGCGGUCAUAGGCAUCGCAAGAGAGAUGCAGCCAGUCUACAGACACACGUUUUGGCAGUAUCGUAAGGAGAACCCUCAGACCAGAGUAGGUGAUCCUCCUCCUGACGGACGCCCAGGUUUCAACAGCGGUGUGAUGUUAUUGGACCUAGGUGCUAUGAGGAACUCCGCUCUCUACAACAAACUGUUGGAGCCUAGCAAUGUGGCCAAACUAGCAGACCAUUAUCGCUUCAGGGGCCACCUGGGGGACCAGGACUUCUUCACCAUGAUUGGCAUGGAGCAUCCUGAACUGUUUUAUUCGCUGGCCUGUGGGUGGAACCGUCAGCUGUGCACCUGGUGGAGGGACCACGGAUACGGAGACGUGUUCCAAAUGUAUUAUCGCUGUGUUGGACAUGUCUAUAUCUACCAUGGGAACUGUAACUCCCCUAUACCAGAUGACUGAUUUAAGCACUGGACUGAUGCUGGAACUGAAAAGGAGUCUUUGACAUCUACAAUUUAGUUCAAGAGAAAUAUUUGUCCUGCUUUAUGGAAGGGAGGAUUGUGGCUAUUAUGUCACUUGCCGUUGUUGACCAGUGUACUGCCGGUAUAGUAACAUACUUUGCCCCCUGCUGGUCAAGGGGCCACUGAAGGGCUUGCCCAUAUAAAGUUGCUACAAAUAUGGCAUUUAUCUGUCAUUUUGGUAUGUUGAAAACAGCUCUGUGUUACAGCGUUUCAAGGAGCUGCAAUAGUUGGGCCAUUCUUCUUCAGGUACAAAGAUAACAUUAUUAAAUAUGAUCUAUGAACCUGAACUUAGUAACAGAUAUAUUAAUUUGAAGGCUUAAGAGUAGAAAUAUGCAGUUCAUGUUAAAAGUUAAUCUACCUGGAAUGGAAUCUUGUCUAUAUUUCAUUGGCAAAUGCAGCACCUUGCUGAAUGAUGUUGCAUUGUGGUGUGGAGAAAGGUUUUGCAUGGGCCCUCUGCAUGGCACCCUGCUGCAUCAAUGCUGGAAUCAUUCAAAUGAAAUAGGGGCUAAUGUCAGUAUGAACGAGGCGUAAUAUAUUAUGCAUUGUCAAUGUCAAGUUGUUCUCUUUGUAUUUGUUCAUACAUUAAUUGAUUUCAAUAAAUGUUGGUACUUGAGGAGAAUCUAAAAAAACACUAUCCAUUACACAUUGUGGUAAUGUGAUAAUUCACAAGGAAUUCUUAUUGCUAACAAAUGGUUACAUAUUAUCUGCAAUGAAUACAGGGUCGGAAAAUGUGUAGUUUUUGAUAGCCAGACCUUUGUCUACAGUGCUGUGUUAGUGCUGGAGAAUGGCCUGGCUACACCGCUUAUUCUGGGACAGGGGAAUUUUUUUUAAUUUAUUAGACCAAUCACAACCGCCUUGGGUGGCGCUAAGCUCCUGAUGCAGGGACUGUGCACCUGCAAAACAGAUAGUGGAGAUAGUGGAAGGGGAAAUGAACACCUGACAUUCAGCACACCAAGCUUUAUCCCAGCACUGGACAUCUGGUAAGCCAGACUAGCAUGUGUGUUUAUAGGCUAUAUCUUAGGGCUGCACGAUCAUGGCCAAAAUGAUAAUUGCGAUUAUUUUGAUCAAGAUUGUGAUCAUGAUUAAUUAUCACGAUUAUUUGUUGAUUUUAACCAAAACAAAUUUUAUAGUCACAUAAGGUGUAUGUAUAACGGCUUUCACAUCCAUAUUGUGCUACAUUUCUCUUAUGUUGAAGUUGUAUGUGGUACAGCUGCAACACAUGUAAAUGAAAGUUAUCUGAAAUAAAUAGCCUGGGAGAUAUAUAUAUAUAUUAUAAAUGUAUCUCUGUGAAAGCUCCUUCACUUGUUUUCAACAAUAACUGAUUAAACAAGCUAGGGAGAGAGGGGGAGUGCGAUCGACGUACUCACAGAGUGACGGCUGACUCAUUAUGAAUGGGUCCAGCAGGCUCUGGUACAAAUACAGGUUUGUCUCUCAUGCUUAACAAUAUACAGCUGUGUUAAUAAUAAUUAAAACUGUGGGCAAAUGUCAGAAGUAUAUAUGCUGACGCCGCUCUGUCUCUGUUGCUGGGAGCCGUGGGGGGCUGCGCGGAGAGUAAGAGGAGAGAUCCAAACACAGGCACGGCUUUACAGAAGAAAUGGGUCAUGUAACGCAAAAUUAAACCAUAUUGAUUUGCUUCGUUUGUGGAGAGGCAGUGGAUGCGAGGACAUUAGGUGCGACCGGUGCGACCUAGAAGAAAAAUGUUAGUCGCACCCUAGAGCCCUGUGAGCUAACAGACACUAAGUAGCACUGGUCACUGCUGUUGUCUGACAAACACCACAGACGGGACAAAAUGUUGCGUUUUGCUAGUAAACUGGUAAACCUUGUGACCGACGUAUUACCAACUGCCAUCUGUAUCUAUUUUCCUCACUAAUAUUGCUCGAUUACGCAAAUUUGAUCGUGGGAAGCCAAAAUUGUGAUCUUGAUUAAAGUUUGAUUAAUUGUGCAGUCCUAAUGAUGGCUGUUGCAUUUGCAGUCUAACUUAAGCCAAAUGUUAGUUAAGCGAAGAGGCCGUGCAUACACUGACCUACUUUAGAGUUCUUACUGUGCUCACUGAACUGCCCUUCGGAUUCAAAGAAAUGUCAACACUCAAUAUUCAUCAGUCAAGAAAUUGUCUGAGGUGAUUCACACUUAAACACACAUGUACACACGUGAGAGUAAAGCAGCUAAAUUGCCUACAACACCAGUGGUGUCAAAGACAGGCUACUGAAGACACUUAAGAAUAAACAUUAUCCCAAAUCAACGCAAUUUCCUUAAAGUAUUUUGGCUCUUUCAGAACAACAGUCUUUAGUUUCCAUACCAGUGAAUCAGAGUAAACACUGUUCCCUCAUUGGACUUUACAACUUAAAAACACAUUUUUAGUUUUUUGGUUGAUUUUCUACUCUUUAGGGAGCAGUUGGUUUCCAUUGCUUCCAGUGCAUUAUAAUGAUGGCAGAGACUAAAAUUUUGUUGAGAUUAGUAAUGCAUCACAGUGAGCCCUUUAUUUUGUAUUUUUCGUCACUACUUAUUUAUGUUGUAAUGCAUAGGGACAUUUGCAAAUUAUUCAUAUUGGUGCAUUCAAAGACCCAGCCAGGAUGAUUAUCUGAAAAGGACCAGUGAAUGUGAUCAUUCCUUCUAUUAAAAUUCUGGCUUCCAACUCUUAAAUCUCCUGUUAUGAGCGUUGUUUUAUGCAGGUAGAGUCAAUUAUCCCUGCUCACAACUGCAUUGCCACUUUGACAAAGCAAAACAUGCAAUAAAUAAUGAUAGAUAGUUAGUGAUGGAUUACAGUCUGAAAUACAGUAAAAAUGUUACAGUAAAAUGUUUCUAAGUUGACUCAAAGACUGAAACCACUUGGAAGAAAGAGAGAAAAAACUUGCUCGUUUGCAUAUAGCAAACUGGUAGAUUAUGACCUAAAACAUGCUAAUCUAAUGGUAUCCUUUAAAAUACCCUUUUUGUGUUUUGUCAACUGUUUAUCCUGCUUACUCUAGAUAGCCUAUCCAUCAUGAGUUUUGGGAACACUUUAUUAUACGGGUCCAUAAUCUGCUACUUUCCUAAUGGUAGUUGCUGUAAAGUUCACUGGAAAGAUCUUUGUUACUUAUAAUAGGGACAAUCUACAUUUCCUUGAAAGAACUACUUUUUUAAUUAAAAUAAAUAUUCUUUAAGUUAUUAUUGAAAUCUUUAUUCUUCAUAACAAUAUUAUUCUUGCCUGUAGACAAAUUUUACAUUUUGCAUGGUCAGCUGAGUUUCUGUGCUCUGACUAAUUGACAAAUUCUUCUCAAAAGAGAAGUAAUUAAACACUUUCUCUAUUUUCCCUAUUAUAAGUAUUAAAUUACACAUGUGAUUCUUUCCAGGAACUUCCAUUGAAAUUAUUAGGAAAUCAUGGACCUGUAAAAUAAAUUGUUAUGUUUUAUGUGUUACUUUUACCUUCCAAUCACUCCUUUGUAUAACAUGGGAUGUUGAAAAUAGCUGGAGAUCGAUUCACAAAAUCCAAGAAACAAUCUUUGGAUCAUAUGAAACUAGAAAAUCCAAUGGUAUCAACUAUAUAAUGCUAGCUUGUAAGGGAGGAAAAAACCCUCCAAAGCUACAUUUUGGUGAGGGAAAAACUGGCAUGGUCAUUUUCAAAGGGGUCCUUGUGUCACCUCAAGAUAUCUGAAUAAAAUGUCACUCAA